UAGCCGAAAGGAGAGAGAGGUAGGGAUCAUGGAAGCGCGAGCUCCUAUCAUUGGAACCGGAGAAAUGGCUAGAUGAGAACUGGCAUCAAACAACUUGACUUGUCUGUCUCGAUGGAUAAAGCAAAGCCAGGAACCAGGAUAGGGAUAGUACGGAUGCCUUGCCUACUUACUGGAGGAGUGAUGAUAGGAUAUAUAUGGAUGGCCACCCAAACCAUUCAACCUAAGAAUAUUUCCAAGCAAAGAUCUGGUGAAACAGCUGUGAAGGAAUGAAUGGGAUACUAGUACUUAAGGAAGGAGAUAGAGGGUCUAGUAUCGUUCUACUACUGCCUACAGGAAGAAAGCAAAGGGAAAGUCACUACUCCAAAAGCUAAAGAGAAGGUCAGAUCCAAGGACAUGGAUUUGUAGAACGGCUUCCAAUAACCGAUCAUCUAGAUGAGAUUAGACCUGAGUGAGCAGACUUCUCUGUAUAUGAGUCGCCUUCCGAGAUGGUAUUGCCUUGACUCAUUCCUUGAAUUGACAAGAGAAGUAUUUCUAGCCUCUAGUGGCACAUGUUCCUUCCUCACGGAUAUGAGAGACGGUAAGUGCAACUCGAAAGUGUGCUAGCUGUUGUGCUAAUUCUUGCUGAGUAGCUGGUUGAAGCCCAGAAGUGGAGGCGAGCCCAGUUCAAUCGUGAAGUUCCUCCUUUCGUGGCUUGUCGGCAUCAUAAGUAAAUGAGAGAUGAUUUCCGAGUGACUGGUGGAAAGGGAAGAACCCGAGAGGGCAUAUAGAUUUCGAUUCCUCCCCCCGGCACUAGUAGAUACGAUAUUUCGAGAUUGCUAGAUAAUCUCACUACGGUUCGAAUCCUCCAGAUUGCGAGUUCCAGAAAAAGAAUUUAUUUUUUGACUAAAACAUCCAAGAAAACGGAAUAAGAACGCGCUUACAACGCCGAUGAAAGGAACCAGAACAAGUGUAUGGCAAAUUUCCUUUAGUAGAUAUUCCAGUGGAUCAAUAAAAAGAAGGUACUCGUCCUGGUGCACCCGUAGGUUUUGCCCUUUCUAGAAUUCAUCUACCGUUGUAGGAAUCCUCAUCCGAUGUACGAAUCCCGUGGAGGAAAGAAGCUGGUAUUUAUCGCCUUGAUCCCGUGGAGGAAGAAUGGAGGCACUUGGCCAUAGCUCACGCUAUGAUCCCGAACCCCAAAAGCCAGAUGUGUGCGACCGAGGCGUGAUAUCACUACGGUUCGAAACUGUUGAGCCCCUUCACCACCCCCUAUACGGAACUCUCCCUCUGACUUCCUUCAAUCCAUCAAGUAUUGCACAUGUGUAGAUUCUCGGGUAAAAAACAGCAUUUUGGCUUAGAAUGACACUUGCUGCUUCCCGGGUUUUGGCAUUGACUCGAGUUAAGUAAGAGCUUACCAUCUUUUUCAGAUGAUAAGUAAAUAAGGCCCGUUCUGACGGUUCGUUAUCCAGUUUCGAAAAAAGGUGCUUACUAGUGUCUCGUCGUUAUCCGGGGGGAGGGUUGUCUCCACUCUAAAGAAUGUGCAUUGAUUUUAUUGCUCUAAAGCUCGCCUAACUUAUUUGACUUGACAAGAACAGUGGAAGAGAAAGAUUCUCAACGUCUAACAGCUGCUUUAGCUUGAAUCGGGUUGCGCUGAGUUGAGUGAGUGGAAAUGAGUUGAAAUAUGGAAGCGAGAACAGCUCCGCCGCUUGAGAAGAGACCCAGAAUUGCUCAUAAAACUCUGUUUCAACAUUUUCUGGGUUUAGAGCACAUUAGAAAUAUGGAGUAGGUAAUCCGCUUGGUUUCCCUGAUUUCUCUAUCUUAGAUCCGCAUACCAUACCCGGUUCAGAUUGGAAAGCCAAGGUAGUGGCGCUGCUCUUUUAAAAAAAGUAGUGCAGGUCCGUUUGUUUCUGUUUGUGGUGUAGACUUAUGGUGGGAUACAGCCUCCGGGAUGGGUGUGCCAGAGUAGAAUGAGAUCUUGAAUAGCUUGCUUCUUACCAUGAGCUUGAAGGGCAGGGAUGCGUUCUCUAGAUGCGAAUAGUUAGAACCCGUUCAUCUAUCUAUCUAACCUUGGUAAUGUGAAUGGGUUAGGGGUGACGGGCAAGCCAAAGCUGGUAAAGAAAAAGAAGUGGGACGUGUUUUUACCUGUCCUCUGGUUAGUGUCUUUCCAGCAUUUAUAGCUUUGUUAGCGGGUGGUUAGUUAGUGUUUGAUUGAGGCCUAAGCUCGUGUAGCAAUGCGGGCUCGCUCAUUCAAUUAAUUAUCAAGUUGGGUUUGCUUUUCAACAAAUAGCUUCAGACUUUAGCUUCUUACUUAUUGUGUGUAGUCCCGUUCUUUGCUUAUUUAUGGUUAUUUGUGUAGUCGAGUCGAGUAGUACGUAUCUUACUUUGUUUUUUGUUUGGUGGUGUAGCAAAUAUAGACUUCAGAGAGUAUAUAUAGAAAGUCUGUCUAUCUAGGAGGCAUAGUUAGAUCGUUUUUCCAAUGCAUGGUAAGUCCAAUGGGCUAUUAUUUUCUUCUUAAAGAAAGGCAAUUACCUAAGUAGAAAUAGCACAAUCCACUCUAUAAGGGCAAUGCGCAUUAAAUUACGUCGGCUGUCAAGGCUUUUUCCGCUUUUUCACUAAAUAGUCCUCCCUUGCUAUUAUUGCCACUCUAUAUAGCAGUUUGUCUGUAGUAUCCCUACGUAGGCUUCUAUCUAUGAUAGCUGUCCUUGCUUUAGUUGGCAAGCAGGCGGGAAAGCUAACUGGUGAACUUGCUGAACAUGCUCAAACUGAUCAUCAUCAAGUUGAACGAGCGGAGUACUUUACUUUACACAAGUAGUGGUUUACCAGGAACUCGUAUAGUAUAAGAGCUAGUCAUAUAAACUAGUAGUAGACGGUUGCUUCGAGGCGCGCCUUCGGCCUUUUAUCGAAUUUCAUCCAUCUUCUCUAUGUCAUACUUGGCCAGUGACUUCCAGAAAGAGAGCGUAUUUCCAGGUCUGAUGGAUGCGAGCUGCAACACUUCCAAGCCGAUUAUGGGUGGCUCGCUACACUGUGAGUUCCACUCUACUCUAAGGGAAGGGUAGAGUAGUUGCUAAGUUUUCCACAUAGGAAAAUGCAAGUGAUUGUACGAGAUCAGUCAACGAGGCAGGCGCGAAGCGGCAAGGCAAGUGAGGAGUCUUGGAUUCUCUAUGAUGGGCAUAUCUCACUGAAAACGAGGCAGAGGCGCGAAGCGAAAUAGUAGGAGUUAUCAGCUAGCACAUUUCCCUUUGCUAUUUCUCUUUUAUCAAGAGAUAUUUGCUCUAUGCUCAGUUUAGAACUCACGUUGUCAAAUCCAAAAGAGUAUGCAAGAAUGUGGCCCCUACCCUAAGAGGAUAAGCGUUCUUUUGUGUUCCUAGCUUGUUGAACACAGCACGAAAUCAGAAGUCUAAGUGAUAGACUGAGCUGGGCUGAGAACAUCUGAAGUAAGCAUGACCACUAGUUACGUGCUACCCAGUGUGCAGUGCUGAAUAGGCCUUAGGGAUGACCCCAUGGGCAUGUACGAAGAAGACUAGUGGGGAACAGCAUGUCACCAAAGGUGCUAGCUGACCGGCACUUGUAUUAUUCAUAUUUUUUAUUCUAUCAAGCCGAUAGCAUAAUCAUUUUCUAACUAAUCAAGUUAUGUGACAUCUACCGAUCCCGUGAUUCCGAAUCAAGAGAUGAUUUGAGCAACUCGUGAGUCAAGUAGUAUAGUAGAUUAGCCCUCGUAAGGCCUCCCACUAGUUAAGUAUCCGUCCUAACGUCAGGAAUAGAGUAAAGGGACGACCUUUUCUCUCCUUUCCAAGUGCUUGCUCUUUCGUUAAGCAUAAACUCAGAUAGGCGUAGAAUUGGUGUCUGUGUGUUUCAUUGGUAUGGUACGUAGACCCGGCCCUGUAUUCAUACGCGAAAGAAAGAGUCGAUGAUCUUCUAGCUCCGCGCAAGAGAAGAUACGAUUGAGGCGCGCAGCGAGAUCCGUGAAAGGCAAAAGCCAGUAGCAAUAAAGUAUUCUACACCGUAUGUAUCGUAUUUGUUGCAUAAAAUCCGUACGUAACCUGAGCCCGUGCCUUAAAAAAAGGGGAAGGAUAACUUCGUUCCUCAUUUCCAUCGUCUUCCGAGAAGCAUCUUCUCUCCGGAUUAUUAAGUUGUUCAACAAGGGCUGAUAUGGCGGAUUGGCUUAAAGAAUAUGGGAUUCUCAGCUCGUGGAUCUGUUCAUUCAUAGCAUAGGGGUAGAUUAAGCUUUAGAACAAGGAUUUGCUCUAUAACCCGGGAAAGGAAGCUUCUACGUGAAGUUAGCGAGACGGGUGGUGCCAUUUAUAGAAAAAGAUUGGCUACAAUAGCACUUUAUGCACUUCACUUUUGGCUAUUCUACAUGGGCAACAACUAGCCUGGGAAAUGGGCUUCAUUCAAGUCUUGGUCUUUUCGGAUUCACUUAUUUACGUGCAUUUUCUUAAGGAAAGAGCCUACCUACUCAAACCUGAUAGAUGGAUGGAAUGAACCUAGCAUAGCGAAUUCAUGAAGUUGAAUAUAAGAAAGAAAGCCUACAAGUAUAGAAAGAAGUGCUAGUAUCCUUCGAUUUCAUUUCUUCGCUUUUAUAGAGCUUUUCCUUUUACCUAAUGCCGGCUACCGACAACUCUUGCUAUCCAAUCCUGACCCAUGACCAACCUGUAAGGUGUUCCCUAGUGAACUGAAUUUCUGGGAACAUAAAUAGAAAAAUGACUGUGCACUCUAAUUUGGUAUAAAAAUAUAUGACAACAUUGUUGAGCUGUCUAUACUCUGACUCUGCAUUCAAAUGGGGGUAAAAAUGCUUGGUGUCCAACCAGAUAUCCACAGAGAAUAGUCAGUAUUAGUUUACCAUUUUUUAAUACAUAUUUCGAAACCAAUUGCAUCUCUGGUAACUCUGAAAUUACUUGAAUCAGUAUUGCUAUGAGAUCCCCUCUCCAGUACUGCAUGUUUCCUUGCCGCUCCAGUUGGUUUACUCCCAGAGACAUGAUUAGUACCACCAGAGCUUGAAUCAAUCAUUCCAUCCCCAACUCCUACAUCAGAAACAACAGGGUCUAUUUCAGUAAGCCUCCACCUAUAAACCAAACCAUGUUCUUUUUCCAGAGACCCCUCCAUUACUACCUCCCCCAGGACAUGUCCAGUUCAAUUACCAUCUAUAUUCAAAGCACCCGUAAAAUCUUGGAGUGGUAUCAAAGUAGGAUCAUCGUUAAUCACUUAUGGAUGCCUACAAACAAUAUGCUAACUAUAUAUAAGACACCAAGGGUUACAAGUAUAGUUACUUUUUUUAGAUGUUAUUCUCAAGUGCAUUGAGUGAAAGCUGUAAUUCACUCCUCCUGGGUCCAUUUACUUUUAAUGAUUUUUCAAUUUCCCCAAAAGAAUAGAUGGAGAUUCAUGCUAAUAAAGAAUAGCUAAGGAAAAGAAAGGAUUGAGGCAAAAGCUCUACAUCCCGUGUAAAGAAGUCAGAAAAUCUUUAUGAGUUUUUAGAAUGGAAGCUUCUGACUUUAGAUUUCUUUAGUCAGGGAGGAGCUUAGAGCCCACAGAAAUUAUAACAAGAAUCCUAUUUAUCAGCAUAAAGCCCCUCACCGAGCCAUGAGGCUGAUCCACUGGAUUCAUUGCAACACCACGAACAAUGGGGCGUCUGCCUAAUCACCGACUUCAAACGAAUUUCCCUCGUGAAUGCAUCGAGGAACUGAGGACAGGACGUUUCCGAUUGGCACGUACUAAACACUUUUCCUGAUCCGGUUUAGGUGGGUGGGUUAAGUGCACUUCCCAAUCGAAGAUUCUCGUCUCGUUUCACUUGCAUUUAGUUGAACAUUUUAAGUAGAGAAGAGGAAGGAGGCAGGGGAGGCAGAUAGGGACAUAACUAGUUGCUAAGCCCAGUCAGUAGCUGGAAAGGAGAAGUGAACUGGUUGAGAGGAAGAGAGUCUUUCGAGGACAACAGCGAAGGAUUUCAAUCAAGAAUUUACAUAGAUAAAGAGUUGAUAGUUGAUGCUAGUGAUGCACAGGGGAAAACGCUACUAUGCUCCAUGAAUUUCGUAUGAGUUAGUUAUUGGCUGGCGGAUCCUCAGCUUUAGCGAGUUCACUCGUAGAAAUGUCCGUUUGAUUGCUCCUCGGGUGCUUCCUUCUUUCAAAUCUAGAUUUCCUAGAAUCAUACCUUCGUCCAUUCUUGGCAAGCCUUCUUCUCUGAUGGUAUAGAUGAAGACACCGGAUCCCCAUCCUUAGCCAAACCUUCAAUUCAAGCUAGGGCAACAAAGGUUUCAUCAGAAAGGGAUGGAUGGCCUCCACUCGGGCUUGACCUACUAGACUAUCGCUCGAGAAAAGGUUGCUAAAGGUCGUUGUAUGCUCUAGUGUGCUAAGUUGCUGAUUGCCUUCCAACUAAUGGGUUGUGGAGUGCUAGGUACUUGAGUAGGCUUGCUUGCCGCUCUUCCGUCUAAGAAGUGCUUUGUAGCCCAACAAGCAACGGCUGCACUGCGGGAAUCCCAGUGAGUAACUACUAAGCAAGAAAACGGAUGCGCCUAACGCGCACCGGCUUUCGCGCUAGCGCUCAAUCCGUUGCUUGUAGGGAAGAGUAGUGCGUUCCCUUAACUUGGCUAAGUUGAACCGGGCGUCUAGUUCUCAGAUGGAAAUAACGGUAGUAAGAGCUAGGCAAGCAAAGCAAUAGAAGGUGGAAAUACUGCACCAAGGAUGAAAAGCUAGCAGUUGACCGAGAUACCUAGUAAGUUAGGUACUAUUAUAUAUAUUAUAUGGUGACCCACAUACAUUUCUUCUUUCAACUCACUCUUUCUUUGCUUUUAUUUAGCAACUACCCUAUCUGCCGAGAGUUGACCGACCCUCUUAUUUCAAAAGUAAGUGAGCCUAUUGCUGUCCCCACUAUGUAAGUGAGCCUAUUGCCCUACUAUCUAUGAAUGUAGAUUUCCUUCUUUCAGUUUACCCCGACUGACUGUAUUUCUAUAGCUAGCUCUUUGGCAGGCUAUUUUCUUUGGAAAAUCAGGUCUUGAGGACGAAAAACACGAUAAAAUGGACUUGCCUACUUUUGCACCGAAGAAACUCAUAAGUAAUCCAAUUUCCGAGGACACGAACGGAAGUAAGCUGUUUUUGGUAUUCGUAUCGGAAUUAGCCAGAAGAAGAAACCAUUUUCACUGCCCUUCAUUCUUUGGCCUGCCUGCCGGGUUAGGGGAGCUCACAAGUCAACUCAGUUAAUCGAGAUGGCUAUGCGAAUGAGAAACUAGAGAAUCACCUCUCCUCACUAGAAGCCCUAAAGCUGCAGGGAAAGUUCGGAUUUAAGAGUUAGUUGGGUUCAAAAGAUAGCUCCUCAACACAACUGAAGAAAGCAAAGAAAGAACCGCGAAAGUCAAGGAUGGAAACUCCCUACUAAGCAAUUGAAGCUAGCCAGGUGGAAAAUAAAGUACAAGUAGGAGUGGCGGGUUUAGUGGAAAAGAGGGAGAUCCGGACUCACUUCUACCAAUCGAAGAUUAUCGUAUUGUAAUUCAAGGCAAAUGAUAGUCAGAAAAUCUACUCAAAAUGCAGAAGUUAGGCUUCUUCCGGUUCUAGAGUAGUGGCUUCAAGCUCCAGUCUUAGUUUGACUAGAGAUCAAAUCGAAAAAGGCUCCCCGUGGACUCUACGCAGGACUUUUUUCUAAGCCUUACAUAAUUUGAAUUUCUCUUGCAUUUUAUUUUGACUUUAGCUCAUCAUGUCUCGUUUGGAAGUGAUCUGUUCUAAAUUAUUGGGUAAGUUCUUAUUGGGUUUUCAUUUUCAUGACUUACCUAAAGAUAUCCUUUUCUUCCUCAUUCUGAUUUUGGUUUUCGUAUCACGGAUGUUGGUUCGCGCUUUAUGGCCGCGUUGCCCAGUUUGGGCUGCUCGCGUUUUCACUCUGUUGAGUGUAACAACAGCACUUUUUUAUUAUUCUUCUUUGAUGACCACAGCGGAAUGGGUAACGAACCUGAUCAGAAUGCGGGGGGGAUCCGCUGCGGGCAACCCCGAUGGAACCUCUAGCCCGUCCUCGUCGUUUUUCCAGGGGCUUUCUCGGGAGAUACCCGGGGCACCUGUGGAACCUGGGCAAGAGGUGCAGCAGCCGGAAAUGGCUUUAGCGGCGCCUAAUCCAUCGAUUCAGCCAACUGAUCGGGGAGAGCAGAGCCGUCGAGUGCUCCGCUUGGGCCGGACCAGCCAGAGGACAGCAGUGCACCUUCAAGGCCGCUUACCGAGCAAGAUAUCAGGACUAUGGAACAGUUAUUCGAUAUUGAAGAAGAAUUGAAACCAAUCAUUAUUGGUUUUUACAAUGAAUUGGGGUCGAAGAAAGUGGGCGAGUUGCGCCCACUUGGUGGAUGAUUUAACUGAGCGCCACGGGGCGGAAAAGAUGCCCGAAAUCUUACAAAGUUUUAGGGACCCUAUUUCGCUUAAAUUUAUAAGGAUUUCCGGGACCUCCGGGCUUCUAAAGGGACGGAAGCUAAUCUCGAGAGAGAGGAGAUGGGAAUGAGACACCUCAGAGGUCCUAGACGGAGAUAGGACUUGAAGGCGGAAAGUAUGGAAAAACAUCUUGUAAUGUAUUUAACCAGAAAACGCCUUUCGUUUUCCCUCCUUCCCUAGCCGCCUUCCUUAACAAGCCCUCGAGCCGUACAUUUUAGAAGAGGCGGUUCGUUCCUAUCUGGACAAAGGAAUGGAUAAUCUUUCUAUUCUCCGGGCAGCUUAUCAAGAUCUGCGGGAGAAUGGGGAAGGAUCCAUCUUCUUUUUGGAGGUGGUUUCGCACAACCAGGAUUACCUGGAUGCACAGACCACUUCCAGGAGGUGCCAUGAAUUGGCGCAAAGGAUCCGAUGGGAUGGAAUCGCCCGCAGCCGUGCUCAGCUCGAAAGGGCUGAGUAUGAGCAUGCGCUACUAUUGUUUCAAUAUGAAGAUCUCAAAAGGGGGCGGGGGCAUAUUUAAGCAUUCCUAUUUUAGUUUAGCGGCAAGCGCCUUUAUGUGACCUAACAGGACUUUUGAAUUAACUCAGUGAUUUUGCAGGCAGACGGAGGAGAGGAAAUGAAAGCAGAAGAAGUUAUCGAAACACAUGUUCAAUCUUUUUUUAGCGGUUUCCCCAGAGAUCUUUCUCAUUAACGCAACCUUCAUUUUGCUCAUUCAUGGAGUUGUAUUUAGUACCUCUAAGAAAGAUGAUUAUCCACCGUUAGUUAGUAAUGUGGGUUGGCUUGGAUUACUUAGUGUUGCGCGCCUAGGAGGGCAGCGCGCUUGGGAUGCGGAGGAGCUAUUAUCGCCCAGCUCCCUAACCUAAUGCGGCCGGACCGCAGGGAACCUUAGCAUGGGGGGACGUCCUAAUCCUUUUGCCGCCGCAAGGCUGGCUAAUCGUACGCAGCAGGAGCAAGGGAACUCCCCUGGUUCAGGAAGGCACAUGAGUCCGAACGCUAUUAUGAAUGUGCGACCGACACUACACUACGUAGGUACCUGUGCAUGCAGGUGAGGCGUCGGUCGGUCCUAAAAACGGCGGCAGCUAGCGAGGAGUUAACGACCGGACGUGCUGCAACCUAGGGAUCACCAGGCAGCUCUUUCGCUCUAUAGGGAUAUCGGGGGGGGGCAUAGCACAAUUCUUCUUGGAGGAGGGUUGGUUUGCCCAGGUGACUGAUCCUGCCAUAAUAUACUCCCGCCAAUUCUAUUGCACCGGCAACCGAAGUCGAACAUACAUACGACGAUCUUCAUGCGUGAAGGGACGGGAGGAAAGAAAGGGCGGUAGAUGAUAAUGCGAAAGGGCGCCGCGUCUGGGCGGGCGGGCUUGAUAGUAAAGCCAAAGAAAGACGCCCCAAGACAAGGUACAACUGUUGGGAAGGGGACAUGAUCAAUAGAACCCGGCUGGAUCCGGGCUGGGAUAGUGGCGCCCAUUCCUAACCAGUUCAUAAAAGGUUCGCUCAUGCUGGAGGUACUAACCACUUAGUGAUCGGUCCGCUAGUUCACGCAAAUCCGAAGAAGUUAUCACGGACGAGCCACAUGCAGGGAAACUUGCACGUGUGGUUCUGGCCGGGCUUUCCUUCGGUAUCUAAUAACCUUGCUUCUGCUCGCCGCUGGCGCACCUCUCCUAACUAUUGCCCAUUUAUUCUGGAAUAAUUUUUUUAGGAGGGACAAUUUUACAUAUUUCUGCCAAAUCCUUCUAUUAUUAAGUACGGCUGGUACCAUUUCGAUGUGUUUCGAUUCUUUCGAAAAAGAGAGGUUUGAUGCUUUUGAAUUCAUUGUAUUAAUUCCACUUCCUACUCGCAGUAUGCUCUUAAUGAUCCCGGCUCAUGAUUUAAUUGCCAUGUAUUUAGCUAUUGAGCUUCAAAGUUUAUGUUUUUAUGUGAUCGCAGCAUCAAAAAGAAAGUCUGAAUUUUCCACGGAAGCCGGCUCAAAAUAUUUGAUCUUAGGUGCAUUUCCCUCUGGAAUAUUAUUGUUCGGGUGCGACCGGACUACUACCGAUCAAUUUUUGGAAACUUCUUUAUAGACUUGUAGAGACCCUCUAUGUAGUUGUAAUUCUUGGGCAAUCGAUCUACUUUCCCCAUAGCCCUAAGGCUGUGUCUCGAUCUCCUACGUGCGAAAGAUAAGAUACGGGAGACGGGGUCCUAUGGUAUGGGUCUUCGACCCUUGGUCUAAUUCCACGACGGAGAGUCGGCGUGGCGUAAAGUGAAGAUUGGGGGGAAUAGAGCGAAAUCCCCGUCUGGGGUAUUCCGAAGGUGUAACCUAGGCAACGAAAAAGGGGCCCGAUACUUCAACUAAAGGAGCGACCUGUUGGUUCACCAAACCCCGACCCAGUGUCACACGUUCUCCAGGUCCGAAGGGAUCCAGUGCCCAACUACCGACUCCUCCCGGAAUUGCGUUAUCGGAGCCGAGCCAGGAAUAGCCGUUAGUGGACACCUACCACUUUUCACCGGUUAGAGAGGCCCUCUUUAAUACAUUAAGAAAAUAUGUUCACAGGGGCCAGAAAGACUCGGUCAUAGGAACUUCAACCACCUACGCGCUGGUAAACGAAAACCACCUCGACCGGAUCUACCGAACGAAGAAGGCCGCCCGAAUUAACACGCCAAAAGGGCCACCAGCUUUCCCCAAAAAAAGGGGAGAUCCGCUGCUUACUGCUCACGGAAACAUCCGACCUUAUCGUCAAGUCGUCUGCCUAUCUUUCUGAUCUCAUUCGUUUUCCGAUCGCAUAAAAAGAUCAAAAAAGAAAUGUGAGAAUGUAGUUACAGAUGUGAAAAAAGUAAAUAUCUCUCUGUCUGUGUUCUUAAAUCAUUCAUUGGAUGAUGUGCGUUUCAUCAAGUAUGAACUUCUUUCUUUUUUUUCUAUGCAAUUUAAGUACCGGAUCGACAUCCAUUUAUUUCAGUGCCCUCAUCCGCUCCGCGUGUAUGUCUGUGUGGCUCUGGAAGGCCUUACUUUACUAAUACUAACAGGUAGGGCGCGUUACUUUUUUUUUUUUUUUCGCAUGUUUAGAUUAUUUACUUGCCCUUUCACUUUUUCUUCGGCUGUCACCAACUUUGUUCAAUGCUAGUCCCUAACCCAUGAAUAAGGGCUCCGCUGGCUACCGGGUUCAGAGAAGUUUGUAAGCUCUUUCUCUUUUUUUGUUUUUCGCCACCUCCUCCGUUUAAGGUCUUUAAUUCGAUUCGGCAUUAGCUUCGUUAGAGAAAGCCAUGCGUGAACUACAAAGCACGGGAUCCUGAACACCACGAAAGAAAGCGUACUACUUUUCAAUAAGGUCCGACUUACUUUUCAGAGAGGAGAGACAUGAACUUGUUUUAGGCGUAGAAAAGGUAUGAAAGAUUUCUUGAAAAGAGGUAGGGACUGGUCUCGCUGCUAAGGGAGAAGGAGACCUCUGUCGGAGCAAGCUAAAGAACCCACUUUAGAUCGUCGAUUUCAGGUAAGGCACUCGAUCAAGCCUAUACAUCCGGGAAUUUCGCUCCAAACCAAAGACGACUUGCUUUGCUGCAUUUCUGGCUUUACUUUAUUUUUUUUUGCGAAAGAAAGGCCAUAUGAUCUACUUUCUGGUGCCGGUCCCUUCACAAAGAUAGCCCCUUCUUGCUCUUAUUCUUAUUCGGUGGAAUACAAUAGUUCUGAAGCUCCUUUCUUUCAAGUGAAAGUUGCCUAUCUUUGCUUUGGAAUCCAAUCCAGUUGAAAACAAACAAUUGCCCGAUGGAAAAGUCAGAUGAAAGGCAAGGAGUGUAAACCACGUACGAGCGAGCGCAGAAAGCGAAAUGUUUUGCAGCGAGUCAAGCGUAAUACGAUCAAAAGGAAAUGGGGUCAAUGCUAAAACUCAAACAGUUCCGCAGAGGGUUGAAAGAGCGAGCUACAUUCUUUCAUAGAAGACAGAAAAAAAGAGGACUGAUGCUUUCUUACUUCAUCUUAAUAUAGGGAUGCUUUAUGUAGCUUCCAAUAAAUAGGAAACAAGAUGACCCAUGGGGCACUCAGUGACGUAUCUAAACCGUCUAUCCAGUACUGGCUUUUCACACUCGGGAAUAGAAACUGUCGGCACUUGAAGAUGAACGAAGCGAAAUUACCCCCCCAAAAAGCCCUUAGACCCACCUUGGUGGGGACUGACUGCUCUCCCCUACGAAAGUAGCAUCGCGAUGCAGAGAUCAACAACACAUAUUCGCAUACCAUGCUUAUCUAUUGAUGUCGCAGAUCAGCGGCAACUCCCAUACUAAGUAUGAUGUCGCAUAUCGGUUGUCUAACUAGAAGGGUGGAACCUUUUCUUUUUAACUAGUCUUAAAGUGGAUGUCGCAGCCUUGAGUUCUUUUUAUUGAAUUCGCGAGAUUGAAAAUUAGGAUUGAAUGAAUAACCUGGAGAUAUAUUCCUUUUCUCAAAUAGUUCUUUAAGGGGCCUCUCUCUAUCCUUGGCUUAUUCAAUAGAGCUUUCCUUCUUUUCAUUAUUCGAUACUGCUGUGAGAUACUACGAGAGCUCGUAGGCAAUAUGAGAUAGAGCUGACUAAGAGAAAGAAGUAAGCGGAUCUUGCAGCUGUUUUCAUUCCUUUAUUUAGGUCUUGAACCUAUUAAGUAUAAGUAGAAGAUCAAGCACUGAUCUGAUGGAUCAAAUGCUUUCACUACUCGAUCAAGGGCUUCCCAAAAGGCCUAUUUACUAACUUCUCUUCGUUCCAGAUUUCCGAAUCGUUUUUUUAGUCAUGUUAGCACCACGCUUCGCUUUCCGAUAUCUGGUAUUAUGGCUUUGCGCAGACUGACCACUACCUGUAUCGGCGACUCAAUGUGAGUGUGUCGGUCACAGCCCAAUCGAGGGCAUACUUUCUAAUCUUUCUUUCGGCCAUUCAUCUUGCACUGCGUAUUUGGAUCCGAUCCCUCCCUUAUUUUAGCCAACAUCCUAUUAAGAUUAAGAUCUGCAAUUUGCAAAUAUGAGAAAAGUGGACGCUGUACUUGUCUGAAAGCGGAAACUAAGAUGAAGAGCUUAUUCUCAUUACUGGCUUGCUGUCCUUACUUUACUUUACUUAACAUAACUUUACUUAACAUACGCGUUUUCGUUAUGGACAAGCUCUCCUUCUGUGCGCAUCGAUCGACCGACGUAGGGAUUUGCAUGGGGCGUUGCGCGUCGCGUCGGAGAUUGUCAGACAAUAAACGUUUCAAUGGGUGUAGGUACAGGGGGAGGGGGUGUGGCGUACGCCACUUACUUUCUGGUGUGCAGGAUGCACUUCCCACAUGAUUGUACAGUAGGCGUUGGAGCCCUCAUCUGUAGGUACAUGGAGGUGAUCGCAUAUGCGGAGCAGCUUCCUUCGAGAUGCCUUUGACCCGGGACCUACGCACGAGAGCGUUAACAUCAAGGACGGAAGGAUUCCCAUGCAUGAUGCGUACAACUCUAAUCGCGAAGCGAAGUAAAAAAAACAAACCGAUGAAAGGAGAGAAUGCGGGAGACAGAAUGAUGUCGGGCCAGCACAAGAAGUCAGACUAAACAACCCAUUCGACGCGUCGGGGGUACUCGACCACCGGGAGAUAGGGAUUUAGUGACUUACCAACCAACCAGACAUUGAGGGCAAGACAUACCAUACAAAUCACGGCUUCGGCUGCUGUAGUCCUCUAGCCGAGCCAAGCCACUACUAGCGUGUGUGUAAUUCAUGGCAGUUCACUAUUUUUUUUGUUAUGGAGCUAUUCUCUUUCUUUUAUUUUUAUAUAGUAUAGAGAGCGGUAAGUUAGUGCUGUUCUAAGGAUAAGGAAAAGGAAAAGGAAGUGGUAGCUGUUCCAGUACACAAAGAAGGGAGAUUUGUGUAACCCGAGCUCUUUGAUCAAGACGGUGUGGCCAAAGUCAAUCCUUUGAGAAAAAAGUCAUUUAUUUUCGUUGGCUAUAGUGAUCAGCACAAGGGGUACUGCUGUUAUGAUCCCCGCACGUCUCAAGACAUGUCACAUUUGAUGAAACACGAUUUGCCUCGCUACCCCAUGCGCCUCUUCUCGGGGAGAGAUACACACACGCGCGAUGACUGCUUUGCCACCGCCCACUCUAUGUGCUCCGAUUAGCGUUCCGACGCCUGGCAUGGCAGUGCACACGGCUCAGAUUCGGUUGACCACGCUCACAUCCGCUUCAGACAUAAAGGACCAUUGAGGUCCGGCCCUAUCGUACUGGAAGUCCCAUGCUUUUCGUUUUUCUUCUCGUGCGUUAGGAUUGAAACCUAAGCUAAUUAAGCUACUAUCUCUGGCUCUGGAGAAUGGUAUCCGUUCAUUUCUGCCUGUCCAUAAGCGUAUAUAGGAUGAAGUCUAAACGAAUCAACGAAAAUUACGGUUAAGGCAUUUGAGAAUAUUAGCAUUGGGCACUCUAACUCGAAGGAAGAAGCCGAAGCCAGUCCAGUAGCUCGAACUCUGACUAUCUACGAAAAAGAUGGCAUUCUCCCUUAAUCUGCCUUGUUUUGAGAAGCGGGGAGGUAGUUUUGUCAAGCUCGUUAAACGCAACGACAGUCAAGGCUAGGAAGAUUUCCCAGGCCAGCCAACAAAGUGGGAUAUUCUUUGGAAGAAAGCCUGUAUUGUUUGACAAGAUCUUUAGGUCGGUCUCAACACGUUGGCAUCUUCUAUUCCUGACUCAUUGGGGAUAUUAUGCCUUUUGCUUGUCAGAAGUAGACCGACGAUACGGACUAAAGUAAGUCAGAUCUCCAAAUAUUUCAUCAUACUCAGUCCUGAAAGAACAAGCAAGGGAUGAGCGCACGCUGGUAGUAGAAGGAAGCGGAGAUGGAGGCAGCUAGGCAUCAGUUUGAGUUCGAGAUCGAGACCAGCUUCAGCCACUAUUGCUAGGACGGGCUUACUUAGACUGAGAACAGAGAUUCUUUUCUCUGCUAUGCUACUUUCCUCUUUCUUCCCUGAGGGCAUUCCUUUCCUGAACAUAGAGCCAAACAGUCUUGCCCGGAACCCCCGAUUCCUUCCCUUCUUGAAGAAAACGAUACCGAGAAGGCAAUAGCACUUGAAAAAAUGAAAAUACCGUCAGAAAAUAUUCUAUUGCUAUUCGGGAGAACACAGGCUUCGAAUACUGCCCGGCCAUGCUACUCUGUUUUGGUUGAAGUACCUUCUGACACUGCUGAUUCCAUCUUUAUAUCGUUCGAGCUAGCCCCAUGACUUCUUGGUCGAGCGCAGCUCUUGUUCGAUUUAUCUUUCUUUGAUCGAGCGCAGCGAGAAGCAAGUCUGGCGAACCUUGUGCUAAAAUUCCUUCUUUUCUUUCUUUCUUGGUUUUGGAUCGGUUUGUUAAAGGUGGGAAAGGUUUGUUUACAAAGGCAUGACUCAACUGCUGCAAACUUAUCAGGAUUGUACCUACCGUGAAAUUCGUGCCGCAUGGCAGUCUUGCAUGUAAAAGGUGGUGGUGGUUAUCUAUCAGGCGGGAAGCGCCAAGCCUAUCACGCGGGAAAGACCCCUAACCUACCACCAACUUACCUUCCAACCAAGCCCUUCGAUCCCGCGCUGCUGCUGGGUAUAUAAUCUCGGUCCUCCCCUUACUUUGAAGCCUACAGCUCCACAAUUCGUUUUCCUGUAAUUAAUGGCAGGAAUCCAAAAGAUACUGUUUUUUCUUUUUCUUGUCUUUUUUCUGCUUUUUCAUGGCAUCGAAGCUACGCGAGGGAAAGCGAUGCUGCCCACUCUGCCGCAAAAGGGGGCGGCUUUCUUCUUCCCCAAAAUGACAGUUCCACCAUCACAGCAUGCAGCAAAAUUCUGUGGAGAGGCUGCACAGCAAAGCGCCUUGUGCCAUCCGGCGCUAAUCUUCUACAUCACUAGGUUAGCGGGACCUGAAGAAAGACUAAGUCCGUCUGUCGAAAGCUCAGUUGUUGGUUUGGUGAUACUAGUGCUUUCUAGUGUUUGAGUUGUUCAGGAGUCGUUAUAAGUCAGAUUACCUCAUUGUAACGCAGGUGUCCCCUGCUUUCCUUAUUUCCUUUUUUAUUGUAUGAACUUUGGCUUUCUUAAUAAAGCUGGGCGUCUAUCCUGA